AUGGCAGACCACAUGAUGAUGCCCAUGUCCCACGGCCCUGCGACGGCCCUCCACGGCUACAGGAUGGGGGGAAUGGGUGGCCCUCCACAGCACGCCGUGCCGCAACCCGGUCUCCGCACCCUCCCCAACGGCCAGGUCAUGCACUACGGCCGGGUGCCUCAGACCUCCAUGGAGGCCGCCAUGAGGCAGCGACCCGGCCUGGGGAUGGUGGGGCCGGCUGGGAUGAACGGUCAGGUGAACAGCCAGGUCAGCGGAGCUCAGAUGGGAGGACACCACCACCAGAUGAACCAAAUGAUGUAUAACCAACAGCAUCAACAACAACAUCAACAACAACAACAACAGCAGCACCACCACAUGCAGCAGCAGCAGCACCCCCAGUCUCAACCCCAGCACCCCCAGCAACAGUACCACCCCAGUGGGCUCACCUCCCAGCAGCUCAUGGCCUCCAUGCACCUCCAGAAACUCAACACCCAGUACCAUGGACAUCCACUGGGGCCGGUCCAGGGCCAUCACCUGGCCAACGGGGCCCAGUACAGAGUAGGGCCAGGCCAGCUGGCCAGCAUGCAGCACAUGGGUCAGGGUGGGCCAGGUAUGGUGCUGGGACAGAAUAUGGACAUAGACCUGAUAGAUGAGGAGGUUCUGACAGCGCUGGUGUUGGAGCUGGGUCUGGACCGGGUUCAGGAGCUCCCAGAACUGUUCCUGGGUCAGAACGAGUUUGACUUCAUCCCAGACUUUGUUUCAAUGAAACAGCAGCCGAGCACCGUGAGCUGCUGA